AGCUGGCUGGUGUAAAUAUGGGAACAUAAACUGAUAUCUUCUCCUUGAAAAAACAGCAUUCCACGUAAUUGGCUUCGUUCCUGUCUCUUCAGUGUUCAAGAAAAGCAUAUUUUGGGUUUCUAUUGAAGCUUCGAAUUGGAAGUUACUGUCAUUGUUCCUUCUUUUUGAUCUUCACUACAAUCUCAUCAAAAACCUUUCCAAAUCUUCUUCGUCAACACUUCUAAAAUUCUCCAUCGCCUGCUUUUGCCUCGCACCUCCAUUCUAGGUUUUUACUUUGCCGGACCCUCCUUCUUAUCAUGUGCUCUUCUCCAUGGCGAACUUGAGGACCGACUCUCCAGUCGCUUGUCGCAUCGUUCGUGCCUUUCUCGACUUUCUUAACUCCGUGGAACCUGGCCCAGGUGUUGAUGUUGAAGGCCUCGAGGUCGCAAAACAAUGCUUAGAACAAGUGUUUCAAGUCGAGUCCCCUGCUGCCGACGAGUUAACGGACUUUGAUUCGCUAGUAGAAAUUUUUGGUUCACCGGAAUCUUUUCAGCGGUCUCGAACUAGUUCAUUUGUUGAUAAUGGAGCUGUUCCAUUGGAUCAUCGUAGUCAUUUCAACGUGAAUGAUUCUGAUGCCAAUUUGUCACAGUCGAAACAUCAGGGCGGAGAUAGCUCGAGAGAAUCUCAUCCCAUGGGAGUAUUCCAAGAUGAACUUUUUGGGCAAUUUGUUCUUGCACUUGAAAAACUUCACUAUUUUAGGACAACAGCAGAUGGGAGGGAUGAUCCUGACCAACUUGAGCGAGCAACACGUUUGUUUCAUGAUGCUCUUGGUGAGAUGGACAGAUCCGGAUGCGCUGAAAUUAAUCACAAAAAUCUGGCCGAGUCCUUGAAAUCCCUUGGUAACAGGGCUAUGAAGUCAAAACUUUACUCUGACGCAAUUGAGUUGUAUAGCUGUGCAAUUGCUCUAUGUGAGAAUAAUGCCAUUUACUACUGUAACAGGGCAGCUGCUUACACCCAAAUCCAGAAAUACUCUGAAGCAACAAGAGACUGUUUGAAAUCCAUAGAAAUUGACCCAAAUUAUAGCAAGGCAUAUAGUCGUCUGGGCUUGGCUUUAUAUGACCAGGGGAACUAUCGUGAUGCUAUUGAUAAAGGAUUUAUGAGAGCAUUGCAGUUGGAUCCAAACAACGAAGCUGUCAGGGAAAAUAUUCGAGUAGCUGAACAGAAGUUAAAGGAAGCACAGCGACAAACUCAACAUGAGCAGUCAUUCUCUUUCACUAGUCAGAAUUCUUGGAGCCAUAGGCGUCAUAAAGCGGAAAAAAUAUGCGUGGGUCGUUUUUUGUGAGAUGCAUUAGAUAUAAAUAUACAAAAAAGAAAGCAUUGUUGAAGUGGGAAUAUGGAAAAAAAUCCAUCAACACAAAAUUUUGCAUUUAGGCUUAGUAAAUUUGUUUUUUUAGUUAAUAAAUAAAGAAAAGCCCUAAUUAUUACUAUUUUUAAAAAUAAUGAAUGAGAGCUAAGGCUUAGGGUUUCAAAAAAGCCCCGUAUAUGAGUGAGCCUUGUCCUUACAAGGCUAGGUGCCAAACACGUGCUCAUAGGGCUUUUUUAAAACACUAAACACAAGAUUAGUUUCUUUACUUUUCUCCCUUUUUCUAAAGCGUUUUUAGAAUGUAACAAGAUGUUUAUGUGGACAUAUAGUCUGUCAGGAAAGCUGACUUCAUUGAUGUGAUAUGAAUGAAAUGGUUUCAGCUACCAAAACAUGCCACUGUUCACCCACUCUUGAAGUUAGCUGAAAUGUUGCGAACUGGAUCCAAUUUCAUUAAGUAACGAGCAGUAGUGUCCUUAUAAUUUUUGCUAUGGUUUUGCGUGUUCAUCCAAUUGCCAAAACU